AUGUUUUCCAGACAACCACUCGCACAAAACCUCCUUCGACCAUUAUCUAAACCCUCUUCAUCAUUCUCACGAUCAUCUACUCUGCCUCGAUUGACCUUCCUCCAAUCAAGAGGAUUAGCAACUUCUUCCGAUCCUUAUGAUGUCGUAGUUAUCGGUGGUGGUCCAGGUGGUUAUGUAGCUGCCAUCAAAGCUGCUCAAUUGGGCCUAAAGACCGCUUGUAUUGAGAAACGAGGAGCUCUCGGUGGAACAUGUUUGAAUGUCGGAUGUAUCCCUUCUAAAGCGAUGCUUAACAACUCCCACAUAUAUCAUCAAACUGGACACGAUUUGAAAAAUCGAGGAAUCGAUGUAUCCGAAGUCAAACUUAAUUUACCAGCAAUGUUAGCAGCCAAAAACGCUUCUGUGAAAGCUUUAACAGGUGGAAUUGAAACAUACUUGUUCAAGAAAAAUGGUGUUGACUAUAUCAAAGGAGAGGCUUCUUUCGCUUCACCCACUAAAAUAAAUGUAAACUUACUUGAAGGUGGUGAAACUCAAGUUGAAGCUAAAAACGUUAUUAUCGCUACUGGAUCAGAAGUUACCCCAUUCCCAGGAAUCGAAAUUGAUGAAGAACGAAUCGUAUCCUCGACCGGUGCUUUGGAUCUCAAGGAGGUUCCCAAAAAGAUGGUAGUCAUCGGUGGUGGUAUCAUUGGUCUCGAGCUCGGUUCAGUAUGGUCAAGAUUAGGUGCCGAAGUCACCGUUGUCGAAUACCUUGGUGCUGUCGGUGCUGGUAUGGACGGUGAAGUUGGUAAACAAUUCCAAAGAAUCCUCCAAAAGCAAGGCUUCAAGUUCAAGCUCAACACCAAGGUCAUCAGUGGUGAACGACAAGGUGACAAGGUCUCACUCAAGAUCGACGCUGCCAAAGGUGGUAAAGAGGAAACUCUCGAAGCCGACGUUGUUCUCGUUGCUAUUGGUCGACGACCAGUCACUAAAGGUCUCAACCUUGAAGCUAUCGGUGUAGAGACCGACAAGAGAGGAAGAAUCAUCAUCGAUGACCAAUUCAACACUUCCGCUAAAGGUGUCAAAUGUAUCGGUGACGUUACCUUCGGACCAAUGCUUGCUCACAAAGCAGAGGAAGAGGGUAUCGCCGCUGUUGAGAUAAUCAAAUCAGGUCACGGUCACGUCAACUACGAUGCUAUCCCUUCAGUAGUUUACACUCAUCCUGAAGUCGCAUGGGUCGGUAAAAACGAAGAGGAAUUGAAAGCCGCUGGUGUAGCUUACAAGAUCGGAAAAUACCCCUUCGCUGCGAACUCAAGAGCUAAGACCAACCAAGAUUCAGAAGGUUUCGUUAAAUUUAUCGUCGAGAAGGAGACAGAUCAGGUGCUCGGAUGUCAUAUAGUAGGGCCUAAUGCUGGCGAGAUGAUUUCGAGCGCAGUGCUUGCGUUGGAAUACAAAGCUUCAGCUGAAGAUAUCGCUCGAACUUGCCACGCCCAUCCAACUUUGUCGGAAGCAUUCAAAGAAGCUGCUUUGGCAUCUUACGACAAAGCCAUCAACUACUAA